UGAUUUGGGGAGAAGAGGGGAACAAGCAUUCGGAGCUUGGCCGACGGUGCAGGCAGGAGCGUCACACAGGCGAACAGGAGCCUGAGGGGCAGCACACAGGGACUGGAGAGGACUGAAAGAGGACUUGUGGGGGGGUUUUGGAUCUGAUGCACAAACUGAAAGAGAGGCAGGCAAGAGGACACGUUGAUUUUUUUAUAGACUCUUAAAUGACUACACAUACCGACCUUUGCCAAAAGGGAAAGUCAGAUAUGCUGUCAAGUUUUCCUUCUGUAGAAAAGUACAGGGGAAGCAGAUAGAUACCUUGUGAGCAAGACAAAACGUUUUUUCCACAUUUUUCCAGACGGGACCAUAGUUUUUCUUCCUCUGGGCAGGAAGAGAAGCAGAAGCAGGCUCACUCUGACUGACAGCAGAAGAAUCCUCCUCUUAACCCAGCAAUGCUUUUGAGGAACUCUGCACUGGACUCUUGCCGUCUGCUACGUCUCUGGUCACCGAUGCGGGCAUAAGAGACGCAUUCCCUCUGAACUUCUCCUGAGCAUCCUCGUGAUUUCCUUUUUAUUUUUUAUUUCAACAAAGUCCUUCAGUGCCGGUGUUGUGCUGACUGUCACCAUGAUUCCUCAAAGGUACUCUUUAACUCUAUCGUGGACUUCUUGUCUUCUAGUCCUGUGCUUGCUGGAUGUAUGGACCACGGCAUGGCCUGCCACGCAACAGUCCCAGACGCAGUCGCGCCGGUCCCGGCAAAUGUCCCCCCUAACCUCCUCCUCCUCAUCUGCCGGCAACCUGUCAGAGAGCGUGGAGAGCAAAGUUGAGCGCCUCGGCCAGGCUUUCAAGCGCAACGUGCGCGAGCUGCGCGAGAAAAGCUUCUGCCUGGACCUGGUCUUCCUGGUGGACGAGUCGUCCAGCGUGGGGGCCAACAACUUCCUGAGCGAGCUGCGGUUCAUCCGCAAGAUGCUGUCCGACUUCCCCGUGGCGCCGGAGAACACGCGCGUGGCGCUGGUCACCUUCUCCUCCAAGACCCACGUGGUGACCCGGGUGGACCACAUCUCGGCGCCCAAGUCCGACCAGCACAAGUGUUCCCUGUUCAACAAGGAGAUCCCGGCCAUCAACUACAGAGGAGGGGGCACCUACACGAAGGGAGCCUUCCAGAGGGCGGCGCAAAUCCUGCGUCAGUCCCGCGCCAACUCCUCCAAGGUCAUCUUCCUGAUCACCGACGGCUACUCUAACGGCGGAGACCCCCGGCCGGUGGCUGCGGCCCUGCGGGAGCGCGGCGUCGAGAUCUUCACGCUGGGCAUCUGGCAGGGUAACAUCCGGGAGCUCCACGACAUGGCCUCGCAGCCCAAGGACAAGCAUUGCUACCUGGUGCACAACUUUGCCGAGUUCGAGGCCCUGGCGCGUCGCGCACUGCAUGAAGACCUCCCCACAGGCAGCUACAUCCAGGAGGACUUGUCACGCUGCUCGUCUCUGUGCGAAGCAGGCAGGGAUUGCUGCGACCUGAUGGCAAGCUGCAAGUGCGGCACACACACCGGACAGUACGACUGCAUCUGCGAGAAGGGGUACUACGGGAAGGGCCUGCAGCACGAGUGCACAGCGUGUCCACCCGGCACUUAUAAACCAGAGGGAACGCCCGGAGGUCUGAGCACCUGCCUGCCGUGCCCUGACCUGCAGCACACGUCCCAGCCUGGCAGCACCUCUGUCAGCGACUGCGUCUGCAAGCCAGGCUACCAGCCAGUGGGCAUGACCUGCCAGGUGGUUUACUGUCCAGCGCUGUCCCCUCCACAAAAUGGCCUUUUCAUCCACAACGUCUGUAACAACCACUUUGAUGCCGCCUGCGGUGUGCGGUGCCAGCCGGACUUUGACCUCCAGGGAACCAACAUCAGACUGUGCCAGGCCGACGGCACCUGGUCAGGGACACCUGCCAGCUGCAGAGUGCGCUCCUGCCCGCCCCUGUCUCGGCCCCAGCACGGCUCGCUGAGGUGCAGCGACGGCGCUGCCUCCUACAGGGCGGAGUGUCAGGCGGGCUGCGAACGAGGCUACAGGCUCGAGGGAGACCCCCGACUCACCUGCCAGGCCAACUCCCAGUGGAGCGGACCCCAACCUCGGUGUGUGGAGGUGCGUUGCCCCCCCAUCGUGGCUCCGAAGAACAUCCUGCUGUCGCCCCCCGCCUGCAGGAGGAGGGCUGCGUCGCCGGGCUCCGCAUGUCUGCUCACCUGUCGCCAGGGUUACAGUCUCCAGGGAAACAGGAAGGCAGUGUGCAUGGGCUCUGGAAACUGGACGGCCAACGUCCAUAAAGCUGUCUGUAAAGAUGCCGAAGCACCGUUGAUCCAGUGCCCCGGGGACAUCGUCGCAGAGACAGAUGAGCGACGCGGAACCGCCAAUGUCAGCUGGAACGUCCCGAACGCCACUGACAACUCUAAAGAGGAGGUGGUGGUGCAGGUGAAGCCCGUCUACGUACCCCCCCAGUUCUUCCCCAUCGGGAAGCAGACCAUCACCUACACAGCGAGCGACCGCUCCGGGAACCAGGCCAACUGCUCCUUCACAGUCACAGUCAUUGAUACGGAGCCUCCAGUGAUUGACAGGUGCAGGUCACCGCCCACGGUCCAGGCCACAGACGCGGAGACGGCGGCGGUCAUUUGGGAGGUGCCACAGUUUUCCGACAACUCAGUCGGCCGCAUCACAGUCUCAGGUAGCCACACUCCGGGCUCCCUGUUCGCUGUGGGCGAGACUCUUGUCCAGUACACCGCUACUGACGCUGCCGGGAACAGCCGCACCUGCAACCUCACCAUCACUGUUCAAGGGACGACCUGCGACCAACCAUACGUUCCGGUGAACGGAGAGUUCCUUUGCUCUGAGGAAGAGGAGGGUGUCAACUGCACCCUUCACUGCAAGGACGGCUACAGCUUCACUCAGGACGCGGUGCACAGCUACUUCUGCGCGUACAACGGUGUGUGGGAGCCUCCCUACUCUCCAGAGAGACCCGACUGCUCAGUGAACCGCAUUGCAAACAACGGAUUCAAGCCCUUCGAGAUGCUGUUUAAGGCAUCUCGCUGUGAGGACGUGGACCUGGUCAAGUCAUUUACUGGGGAGUUCAACACCAAACUGGGAGGCAUGCUCCCAAACAUUUGUAGCAGCGACGAUGUCACCUGCAAGCUGGAGGUGAUGUCACAGGGUCACUGUCUGGAGUACAACUACGACUACGAGAACGGGUUUUCUAUUACACCAGGGGGAUGGGGUAACGGCUGGAGUCCUCAAGGCUCCCAGGACUAUGCCUACUUCGAGUCGGGCUUUGCCACAAGCACGCGGCAGCUCGCCAACCGGCAGCAAGACGGUGGCGUAAGGCCACAUCACCGCAGCAAGAGGCACCGGAAGAUCACGGGCCCCACCAGAGACCAGAAGAUCCAGAUCUUUUUCAACAUCACAGCAAGCAUCCCUCUGCCCCUGUCGAGGAACGACUCAAUAGAGGUGGCCAAUCAGAAGAGGCUGCUGCGGACGCUGGAGCAACUGACCAACCGGCUGAAGCGAACGCUGGCCAAGCAGCCGCUGUCCAGCUUCCACGUGUCUUCCGACAUGAUCGUGGCCGAUCCCAAAUCUCUGGAGAGCAGGCGGGCGUCUCUGUUCUGCCGGCCGGGCUCGGUGCUCAAAGGCAGGAUGUGCGUCCAAUGUCCGGUGGGGACGUACUUCUCUCUGGAAUAUAACGAGUGUGAGAGCUGCUGGCUGGGCUCCUACCAGGACCAGGAGGGUCAGCUGGAGUGCAAGUCCUGUUCUGAAGGAACCUCCACAGCCUACCUACACUCCCGCAGUGUGGCUGAAUGCAAAGGGCAGUGCAAACCUGGUAGUAAUUCUCUGAACGGGUUGGAGAUCUGCGAGUCGUGCCCACUGGGACACUUCCAGCCGGGCUUUGGCGCCAGGGAGUGUCUGGUCUGUCCCGACGAGACUUCCACCGUCACCAGAGGAGCAGUAGACGAGGGAGAGUGCGGAGUCCCUUGUGCAGCAGGUCAUUUCUCUCGCACCGGCCUGGUUCCCUGUUACCCUUGCCCCAGAGAUUACUACCAGCCUGAACACGGCCGCUCCUACUGCCUCUCCUGUCCCUUCUAUGGAACCACCACUGUUACCGGUGCUACCACCAUACAGCACUGCUCCAGUUUUGGCUCCAGUUUUCUUCCAAAGGAGGAGAGUGUCACCGCGGCUCCUGAGGUGGAGGUCAGUGAAGACUACCAAGCAAGCAGUCAGGUUUUCCACGAGUGCUUCCUGAACCCCUGUCAGAAUAAGGGGACUUGUGAGGAAGUCGGCGCGGGAUACGUCUGCACCUGCAUGCCGGGAUUCACAGGUGCCAAGUGUGAGAUCGACAUCGACGAGUGCGACUCCGCUCCGUGCCAGAACGGGGGCCUGUGCAAGGACGGCAUGGGAGACUUCCAGUGUCAGUGCAAGCCAGGAUUUUUAGGUCAUCUCUGCGAGGCGGAGGUGAACGAGUGUGUUUCCUCCCCCUGUCUGAAUGAAGGUGUUUGUGUGGACGAGAUCAACAAGUUCACCUGCAGCUGUGCCGGCGGCUUCACAGGAUCUCGCUGUGAGCUGGAAAUAAACGAGUGUCUCUCCGACCCCUGUCUGAACGGAGGUGCGUGCGAGGACAUGACCGGCGGUUACUCCUGCAGCUGUGCCGCCGGCUUCUCGGGCGAUAGCUGCGAGGUCAACAUCGACGAGUGUUACAGCGCCCCCUGUCUCAACGGCGGCUCGUGUCUGGAUGCUGUCGAUAAUUUCAGGUGUCAGUGCGUGGUGGGCUACUGGGGCCGGCUGUGCGAGGUGGACGUGGACGAGUGCGACCCCAACCCCUGCGUGAAUGGAGCCAGCUGCCUGGAUGGUCUGGGGUCCUACACCUGCCGCUGCCUCCCUGGGUUCAACGGAACCAGGUGUGAGACAGAGAUGUCCUCUGCUUUCAACCUGGACUUUGAGGUGUCGGGUAUCCACGGGUUUGUGAUGAUGGACAGUGUGAUGCCGGCACUGACAGAGAUCACCUGCACGUUCUGGAUGAAGUCGUUAGACACCACGAAUUAUGGCACGCCCGUCUCCUACGCUGUGGAGGGCAGCGACAACGCUUUCCUUCUGAUCGACUACAACGGGUGGGUGCUGUAUGUGAAUGGUAAGGAGCGGAUCACCGACUGUCCUGCGGUGAACACGGGUCACUGGUACCACAUCGGCGUGUCCUGGAGGAGCUGGGAUGGUGACUGGAGGAUCUACAUCAAUGGGAAGCCCUCAGACGGAGGCAAAGGCCUGUCAGUCGGCACCACUAUCCCAGGCGGAGGGGCACUGGUAUUGGGUCAGGACCAAGACCAGAGGGGCGAGGGCUUCAACCCUGUUGAAUCCUUCGUUGGAUCCAUGAGUCAGCUCAACAUCUGGGAUCGUGUUCUGACGCCACAGCAGAUCAAGGUCCUGUCCAGCAGCUGUCCAGCCUCCCAUGUGACCCACAGAGGGAACGUCCUCGCCUGGCCGGACUUUCUCAACGGGGUGGUGGGCCGUGUCAAAGUCAACCUCAAUAGCAUUUUCUGCGCAGACUGCCCCAAGCUGGAGCAUGCCGUGCCCCAUCUGCAUGCCUCCACUGUGGAGGUGAGUCCCGGUGCCCAGGUGCAGCUGUCCUGCGAUCCUGGUUUCUACCUGGUGGGGGAGCCGGUGCUGCAGUGCCAAAACAAAGGAGAGUGGAGCCACCCGCUGCCCAGCUGCGAACGUGUGUCCUGUGGAGCUCCUCAUCCCCUGGAGAAUGGCUUGUUGCAGGGCUCAGACUUUCACGCUGGCGGCUCUGUGGUCUAUCAGUGUAACACCGGGUUUUACCUGCUGGGAGACGCCAAGGUGCACUGCACCAACAGCGGCAAGUGGGGAGGAAAUCCACCCGCCUGUCUCGAUGUGGACGAGUGCGCUCUGGGAUCGGACUGCGAUGAUCACGCCAGCUGUCAGAACACAGACGGCUCCUACACCUGCACCUGCACUCACCCGUACAGUGGAGACGGCAAAAACUGCACAGAGCCGGUAAAGUGCGAGAACCCGGGGUCCCCAGAGUUCGGUCACAGAAGCGGCAGCAACUUCCUGAUGGGCGGCGAGGUCGUGUUCGGCUGCGAGGACGGCUACGAGCUGAUCGGCUCGGCUCGACUCCACUGCAUGGAGACGGGAAACUGGGAUGAUGGAGUCCCAUACUGCAGAGCCCUCUCCUGCCCGACACCAACUGCUCCAGAGAACUCCGUUAUGAAGGGCAACAACUUCACCUAUGGAAGCAAGGUGACUUUCAGCUGUAUGAAGGGCUUCCUGCCUCAGAUUCCGUACGAGUUUCAGUGUCUCACGAGUCUGAGAUGGAGCGGGACGCCACCCGUCUGUCACCAAGUGACCUGCGGGGGGCCUCCGACUAUCGGGAACGCCGUCUACAGCCUCGACACAAACACAUACCUGUCCACCGUCAAAUACACCUGCGCCGAGGGAUACAGAGCACAGGGCUCCCUGGAAGUCGUGUGCGAGGCCACGGGGGAGUGGAGCAGGCCCGUGCCCCGCUGCGUGAGCGUCCUGUGCAGUGAACCUCCAGCCCUGAGAGACGCCGUGACCGUAGGGGACAACUAUGAGCUGGGAAACAAGGUGCACUAUGUCUGCAAAGAAGGCUACACUCUGAUUGGCCCAGAGACCAGAGAAUGUCUGCCAAGUGGCCAGUGGAGUGAGAGCUCUGCCCAGUGUGUCCCUCGCUCCUGUGGCCCCCCGCCGGCCAUUGACCAUGCGGAGCCCUACGAGAGCCACCAGCUGUUUGGAGACACCGCUAACUACUACUGCACCGACGGAUACACCGCCGGCAACAACUCCAAGAUGGUGUGCAACGCUCAGGGUGUGUGGGCGCCCCCAGACGGCACGGAGGCCCCCCGCUGCAUCGCAAACUUCUGCCUGCGUCCGCCUGAGCUGCCACAUGCGAUUUUGGAUUCCGUCAACAAACCCAAGUACGCCAGCAACUCUGAGGUGAGCUACAAAUGUGAAGAGGGCUUCAUGCUCAACACCACGGCCACACUGAGGUGUCAGAUGGGAGGAGAGUGGGAGCCCUCGCCGUACAACAUCGGCUGCACGGCGGUGAGGUGCUCCAGGCCUGAGAGCAUUGACAGGGGCUACGUGAGUGGAGCAAACUACAGUUUCGGAGCUGUGGUGGCGUACAGCUGCUAUGCUGGCUUCCUGAUCCGAGGGGAGAAGAGGAGGACCUGCAAGGCCAAUGGAGAGUGGGGGGGAGCUCUGCCCAUCUGUGUGCCCGUGUCCUGCUCCUCCCCUCCCCCACUCAAGAAUGGACAGAUAAAGGGUCGAUUCACCUUCAACAGCAAGGUGAAAUAUGCCUGUAACGCAGGCUACAGACUGACUGGUAAUGCAGAUCGAGUUUGCCAAGCCAACCGCCAGUGGUCCAACAUCGACCCUCCCGCCUGUGUCCUCUUGACCUGCGACCCCCCUCCCAACCUCGCCCACGGACAUUACAGGGGCUCCGAGUUCCAGGUGGGCCGAAAAGUCGAGUACGUCUGCGACGAGGGUUACGAGCUGGUGGGGGAUUCCGUCUGGACCUGUCUGAAAUACGGGCGGUGGGACCAGUCGAGGCGUCCGCGCUGCUCACCGGUGCAGUGUCCCGAGCCGCCGCUGGAGGAGAACCACCUGGUGCUGAAGGGCCUGAACUCCGAGUCCGGAACCGUGGAAUUAUCCUGCGAGGACGGCUACGUCCUCGAAGGCGCUCGGAUCCUCCGCUGCACCCCAUCCCAGGAGUGGAACGACACCUUCCCGAUGUGCAAGCAGGUGUUUUGCGGCGCACUUCCUGAAGUGUCGUUCAGUGGCACUUCCUUGUCCUCGGCCCCGUUGCCUUUCGGCUCAGUGGUGACCUACGCAUGCAUGGACGGCUUCACUUUGAAAAAAGAGGGCUCUGUGUCCUGUCAAGCGAGUGGGCAGUGGAGCACUCCUUACCCAGAGUGUAUCCCAGUGGAAUGCCCUCAGCCUGUCGAGAUUUCCAAUGGUAUUGUUGACGUCCAGGGUCUGAUGUACCUCAGCAAAGCACUGUACAGUUGUAGGACCGGAUACAACUUGGUUGGCAACUCCACUGUCCUGUGUGGAGAAAAGGGACUUUGGAUUGGAGGGGUCCCAUCUUGCCGCCCAAUUGAAUGCUCCGUCCCUAAACAGAUUGCCAGUGGAAAAGUGGUUUAUACAAAACUCCAGUUUGGUCACAGUGCCACUUACUCCUGUCGUCGCGGUUACCGCCUCCAAGGCCCAGAGACUCUGAAGUGCCUGGCCAGUGGGGAGUGGGACUUCGAGCCACCUGCGUGCGUGCAGAUAUCGUGCACCCCACCUCAACCCAUUGAAAGCGGUUUCGUCGAGGGUCAGGAUCACAGUUUCGGUGUCACCAUCUUCUACAGCUGUUUUCCUGGAUUCCAGCUCGUAGGCCAAGACCAUCUGACCUGCGAGGAGUUCGGCUGGUCGAGUUCUGUUCCCGUCUGUGUGCAAUCGGACUGCGGCCUGCCUCCUCACAUUGACUUUGGGGAGUAUGUCCGAGUGACGGAGCAGGGAACGCGCUCCGUUCCAUCUCGUAAAGCCACCGGAACAUUAGCUUCACCUGAGGAUUUGAGCUUCUUUCAUGGGACAUUGAUCGAAUACCAUUGCCACAAAGGUUACGACCUCACAAGCCCCACAUGGUUGGUGUGUCAGGAGAGCGGAGGCUGGAACGGGACGGCCCCAUUUUGUGUCCCGGCAGAGUGUGAAACACCGCCCAGUCCAGAGCGGGGCAGGGUGAAUGUGACCGAUACCUCCCUGGGCAGUAUGGUCAGGUAUACUUGUGACGAUGGAUAUGAGCUCGAGGGCGAGCCUGUGAGGCAGUGUGUGUCAGGUCGAUUGUGGACUAACGAUGCCCCCAUCUGUCGGCCCGUUUCCUGUGGUGACCCGGGGGCUAUCGCUAACGGCACAGCCCAUGGAGGUGCUUUUGUGUAUCCUGAGGUUUUGCACUAUGAGUGUCGUCCUGGGUUUGCCCUCAAAGGUAGCGACACCAUCGCCUGCCAGGCAGACGGGAAGUGGAACGGACAAAAGCCCCUCUGUGAGCCGCUGUCUUGUGGUCCUCCUAAAGUCCCCGGUGAUGUUACUUUUAAAGGCGAGGUGUACACUUAUAAUAACGAGAUAGAACUGAGCUGUCAGCCCGGUUUCCUCUUACAAGGGAAAUCUGUCAGCGUUUGCCAGGCAGAUGGCACCUGGAGCCACAAGUCUCCGACCUGUGUACCCGCCCGCUGUGGAAAACCUUCACCGAUUCCCAAUGGCCGCGUGCUGGGAUCAGAGUUUGGCCUCGACAGCAAGGUGAAGUAUGAAUGUGACGAAGGAUACACACUUAACGGAGACUCCACGCGUGUGUGUCGGCCAGACGGACUCUGGGACAAACCGGCGCCCCGCUGCGAUGUCAUCAGCUGCGAUCCACCCGAGGACAUCAGCCAUGGCUUCCUGAACGGCUCCAGCUUCAACUACGACGACAUGGUCGAGUAUGUGUGCUUCGACGGCUACGAGGUGGUCGGGAGUCCCGUCUUGAGAUGCUCCGCUCAAGGCCUCUGGGUGGGCACUGUGCCCCAGUGCCGGCCCUGCGUCUGUGCCCUGCCCCUGUUGAAAUUUGGGACGGUCCUCGGGCGUGACCGCUCCUGCGGGGACCGGGUGCAUUUCCAGUGCGACGACGGCUACAAGCUGCUGGGUCCCCAGCAGGCUGUGUGCGAGAAGGAAGGGGUGUGGAGCCCCGGGGUGCCGGUGUGCGGCCGAGGACGGUGCAGCGUCGCCCCGCCAACAGUUCCCAACGCUGUCCUGCAGGGCGGCAUCGCCACCAUCCCAGACACGGUCAUAUACAGGUGUCGGCCCGGCUACCAGCCGAAGGGAUUCCCGCACCUCUCCUGUGGAAGAGACGGCAGGUGGGGGGAGCCCAGGAUCAGCUGUGAGCCCGUGAGCUGUGGGAAACCUCCGGCUGUAGCCCACGCUCAGGUGGUGGGAGACGCCUUCACCUUCCCAAACCAAAUCACAUACAGGUGUGAGGACGGCUACGAACCGGCCACGCCGACGGCUUCUCUCUCCUGCCAGAGCGACAGCACGUGGUCCAAACACGGCAUGCGAUGCCGCCCCGCAGCCUGCCUGCUGCCCACCAACUUCUCCCUCCCCCACGUGGUGGUCACCGGGAAGGAGCUCACUCCCGUCGGGGGCACCGUCGCCCUCUCCUGUCCUCCUGGCUUCUACCUUCAGGGGUCACCGCUCGCUGAAUGUCAGCUCGGCAGAAACUGGACUCCGAGCAUCUUGACUGUGUCCUGCGAGCUGGUUGUGUGCGAGAAACCCCCUCCCCUUCUCCACGGCGUCGUCGAGGGGGACAACUACAACUACGGGGACUUUGUCAUGUACCACUGCCUCCCUGGCUUUUUCAUGAAGGGAGACUAUAUCCAGACUUGCCAGGGAGACAGAACAUGGAGCGGCACCCAGCCUGUGUGUGUCGCACAGUCAUGUGGGCCUCCUCCCACGGUGCUACAUGCACAGGUCCAGGUGACGGGAGAGACUCACCUACACAACGCCAGCUAUGUGUGCAAUGUUGGGCUGCAGCUUGUCGGCUCCAAGACUCUCGUCUGUCUCGCCAACGGGACGUGGAGUCUGCCAGCUCCAACGUGUGAAGUGGCCAGAGGCUGCGACAGCCCGAAGCAGGUGCCGCGCGGCAGAGUGCAGGAGCACAACCUGAGCACUGGGCGAGCCGUGGAGUUCCAGUGCGAUAAAGGCUACGACCUGGUGGGAGAUCCUCUGGUGGUGUGUAUCGGGGGCAACACCUGGAGCUCCACUUUCCCCUCCUGCCAACCCAAGUCUUGCCCAGCUCCUCCGGGCUGGAGGGAGGACGCCAGCGGGAACGGAGCCCGGCGGGAGUUCCACGUCGGUCAGUUGGUCCGCGUCACCUGCCCCAAAGGGCAGCAGGUGAAGGGCGGCGGCACCAUCACCUGCAGGCCCGACCAGACCUGGAGCGCCGUCAGCUCCGUGUGCGAAAGGGUGUCCUGUGGCCCCCCACUCCACGUGGCCAACGGGGUUGUGCGGGGGGCGGUGUUCCAGUUCGGGGACGUGGCGGCAUACUCGUGUUUUGGCGGCUACGCCAUGGAGGGCGUUGGAAGGAGCAGGUGUCUGGAGAACGGCACCUGGACGCCGCCUCCCACAUGCAGAGCUGUGUGCUGGCUGCAGUGUCAGAACGGAGGUGUGUGUCAGCGGCCCAACACCUGCUCCUGCCCCGAGGGCUGGAUGGGCCGACUCUGCGAAGAGCCUAUCUGCAUCCUGCCGUGCCUGAACGGAGGCCGCUGCGUGGCGCCCUACCAGUGCGAGUGUCCCAGCGGGUGGACGGGCACACGCUGUCACAGUGCGGUGUGUUCGUCACCUUGUCUCAAUGGAGGCAGAUGCAUCAGGCCGAACAGAUGUCACUGCAGUUCAGGGUGGAGCGGACACGACUGCUCCAGGAAAAGGAAAUCAGGAUACUAUCACUUCUAAAAGUUCCCACUCCUCUCCGUGUGAAUCGUCCUAUGAAGGGAAUUCUUGUAUAGUUAACUGACACUUUAAUUCUCAUCUCUCCGCAAAAGGCAAAGAACCAUUUUGUAAAAUAAAGCUGUAUUUUUUCAUAUAGAGACUCGAUAGUAUUAAACGUAUGCUGCUAUAUACUUGUACGAUGUGUAAAAACUUAUUGAUGCAGUUGUCCAAUGUAUAUGUGUAAACUAUUCUCACAUUUUUAUUAAAGCACAAAAAACAGUGUGUCAA